AAUUUUUUUUGUCCCGAAAUAUGAAUACUGGAAAAGGCAAAAUGAAAAUCGGAAUGAGGAAGUUCCCUUAAUUGCAGAAGUGUGUAUCACAAAAUGCUGAAAACAUUCAAGUGCCUCCAAUGCAAUUCAACCUUCGAUCGUGCUUCACAAUUGGAUUAUCAUCAUCGAAGUUUACAUCUAGGAGAAAGAUCCCAAAUAUGCCAGAUAUGUGAAAAAGGUUUCUUUCGGAAAGCAGAUUUGCGCACCCAUUUAAACAUUCAUUUAGGAACAAAUUUUUAUAUUUGUGAGAUUUGUGGGAGGAAGUUUAGUCAUAUAUCGAAUCUUAUAAGACACUGUAGAAUGCAUACAGGAAUUAAACCGUAUUCAUGUUCAAUUUGUGAUAAAAAUUUCACACAAAUGUCUUCAUUAGCAAGGCACAUACAAAUGAUACAUGGAAUACCAAAGGAAGUUGUGCAGCAGUAUUAUAAUUCUAGUCUUAUCAGCGAUAAACCACAAAUCAACAAUCGUGGAUUGAAAGAAAACAAGACAAUAGAUAAUAAUAUAAAAAAUAGAAUUCAUGAAACUUAUAUGAAGCCAAAAUAUAUUAGCCAGAAUAUUACUAGAGAUUUGGAUGCAAAACACAACAUUGAUAUGGGCAGCAAAGCACGUUUAUUCGAGACUAUUAUUUAUGUCACGUCUAAGCAGUUUGGUGAAAGUAAUUUAGCCGAAAAUGAGAGUACAAAUCGAUUAUUGCAAGAUCAUUUUGUCAAGAUUGAGGAAAGACUUGGAUCUACUAACUUAUCGAUGAAUAAUACUAUUUCAAAUUCUUCUCAAGAUAUAGUUAAUAAUUAUAAUUAUAAUUAUAAUUAUGAACAAAUACCAUUUAAAGAUAGUAUAACUUAUUUACAACAAUUAGAUAAGAACAAUUUUACCAUACUAUCUCAAGGUAGAGAAUCUAAUACUGAAUCAGAAAUUCAAAAUAAUGAAUAUAUUGUAAGAUCAAGUGAUUCAGAUAUAUGUAUAUCCCGAGGAACUUAUAAAGAAUCUUCUGUAAAUAAUAUAAAAAAUUCAUUAAAUAUAGAAACAAAUUUUCCUAUUUAUAAUUCCAAUGAAGUUUUGACAGACCAAAAAUUUCUGCACAAACAAAUAAACAAAGGAAUUAUUAGUGAAAAUAAAAAAUAUAAUAAACCAUUAAGUGAUGAUGACAAUCAAUUAUAUAUAGAACUCUCUAAUUCAGAAAUGUUAAAAUUUGAUGAGCCUAGAUACUGUAAUAAUAUCAGCUUAACCAGUCUUAAUCAUUCCAUGAAGUCCUAUCAUUCUGAAAACAAUGUUGCUAAUGAAAUAAUAUAUACUUCCAAAUCCUCUAUGCAGAAUCAGGAAGGUUUGUCAUGCAAUGAGGAAAAUUUAGAAAAUAUUAAUAAUGCCAAUAAUACCAUAUUAAACAAUGAAGAACCAAUGUUGCAUUUAGUACAAACCGAGACUGGUGAGCAAUUUUAUGAAUUUAUAAUAAGCAACUUGGUAGAAAAAAUGCAGGAUGCUUCGUGCACAAAAGAUGCGGAAGUUACAAUAGGAUAUCCUUCAAAUAUUUGUAGAGAUAGUCAAAAAAUCAAUUCAAAUCUAAAAGGAAAUGAGAAGAUCGAUCAAAUAGAGCAUCAACAAGCUCUAGAUGAUCUUGUUGAUAUAAAUAACGAAUUUAAUUGUACACAAUUUGAUUUUUAUAGAGAGGAAAAAAAUUAUGCUAUUUUAAGCCAUGAGGUAUCUGAAUAUUUCAAACAAAAUUCAAAAGAAAAUGAAUGUGUAAGUAAUAUGCAAAAGAAAAAUCAAAUCCAUAAUUCUGGGAACUUGGAAUUACUGGAAAACGAAACACAUGUAGAUUUUGAUAAAUACAUCGAAAUUAAUCUUGAAGCAUUUGAAAGACUAAAUUAUGAAAAUUGUAAUGAAAAAUUUUUGGAAUUUGUGGAGGUUGCUGAUAUUGGCAUAGAAUCCUCAGGAUACAAAGAACUUUCGAUGGUACGUUUGAUUCAAAAUGAUGGUGAACAGCUGUUAGAACUAUUGCAAGAUUCUCAGGCUGAGCAAGAAGCAAAUCAAGAUUUUAUACAAGCUAAUAAUUUUAAAGACUGUUCAAACAUUUUGCAAAAUAGUAAUAAAAGAAUUGAUUGUCCUAAAAGUAAAUCAGAUUUCUUCGCAUGUGUCGAGAAUAAUAUUCUUGAUACUCCAUUAUCCUUGAUACAAGAAGAAAAUAUGAAUAAUAACCGAGGCAUAAAGAAUAUUAAAGAAUAUACAGACAGUAGCAACCAUAUGCUUACAGAUGUAACUACUACUAAAAGUGCAAGUACUAAAAAUAUUAGAACAUCAGAAGAAUUGAAAAAAUCAAAAAUAAUUUCAAGAAAGUUCCAAUGCUUAGUAUGCAAAAAGGCAUUUUCAACAACAUAUAAUUAUAAACAACACAUUGGAAUACAUUUUACCGAUCAGCAAAAAUUUCAUUGUAAAGAUUGUGGAGUGUCCUUCGCUUGGAAAUCUACUUUGAACAAACAUAUCGCAAAUAAUCAUACCUCAGAUGGUCCGCAAAAGUUUGUUUGUGAGAUUUGUCCGAAAGUCUAUAGCACCUUAUCACAAGUAAACGAGCAUGUAAAAAGGGAUCAUUUAAAGCAGCGGAAUCAUGUUUGUCUGCACUGCGGCAAGUCUUUCUUUAAAAGAUUCGACCUGAAGACUCACAGUAGAACGCACACGAACGAACGUCCGUAUGAAUGUCGUAUUUGCGGCAAAAGAUUUCAUCAUCAGAGCCAUAUUAUUCGUCAUGAGCGUACGCAUUCAGGCGAGCGACCAUAUGUAUGCGACAUUUGUCAAAGAACUUUUACACAGCCCAGUUCACUAAAAGCACAUAAGCAGAAGCAUCAGCAAAUUCGAAUGGAUUUUUUGGAUUACCAGAUCGAUGAGGACGAUCCUAUUGCAUUAGCAAUACUAUGAGACAUGGAUCUAUGAAAUAAAUAUAAAAGACGGUAUGUUUUGUUUGGAAUGGAAAGAAGAUAGUGGAUAUAUACGGGAUGAUCCAAAACAAUCCAGAAAAACAACCUAUCCUUGAAAAGACGUAUUCCUGACUUAAUUGUAAGAUUUUUUCUUUACAAAUUUUAUCCGAAAAUUUCAUCCGAAGUUUAGUUUUGAAAUUAUAAGAAGAAAUAUUUAGCGUAUCAUGGGCGUAGAGAAAACGAAGCAGGAACAGCACAUCUCACAAUUGAACAUAAGUGCUUACACGGGGGAUGUUGACUGAUUG